UAUUAGGCAAAGGGUUAAUUUUAAGUAUUCCAAAUUCCUAUUUUUAGAUCAAAAUGGCCUCUUCUCCACAAGAUAAAUAUGAAUCUAAAGAUUGGAAAAAUAAGUCUCAAUAAUUGGUUUAAUGUUGAUAAUCAUGAUUUUUUCGUAUCUAUUUCCUAGGCUGUAUUAUUUCUCCAAACAAGCUGACUCUGGUAUUCCUUAGCUUGGUGUUGAUGGCAUUCUGAGUUAUACUAUAAUAGAUUGAGUUUAGAGAAUACUCUUGGUAUUAAUUAAUCUUUCUCUAGAAAAAGGGCUGUCUCAUGCUCCCUUGAAGGAAUGGAAGAUUUUGUGCACUCCAAGGUUGUAGGGGAGCAAUGGACACACCUUCAGCUGAGCUGUCACCUGCAGUCCUUGUAUCCUGGUGUGAGGGGAUUUAGUGUUCGCUCAAUUCAGCGUUUUUGUGCCUCUAAAGACAUUCAUCGAACUAGUCAACUAGAUACAAAUGAAGUGGAACAAGCUGUUACAGAAGCUGUUACUAAAGUUGGUCCUACAUAUGGAAGAAAGACAAUGAAAGGAUUGCUUGCAUCAGAAGGAAAGGUCAUUGGUGAAGAAAGAGUAGGCAGGGCUUUGAGGCAAGUGAAUCCUGUCCAUCACCAUGCUCGACAAACGGUUACUGCUCGACUAAUUAAUCCGAUUCCAUAUCAUGCUGAUUAUUUUGGUCAUAAGUUACACAUUGACCAGAAUGAAAAGCUGGUAAUGUAUGGUGUAACCCAUAUCUGUGCAGUAGAUGGAUAUAGUCGUAUGAUAGUUGGAUUUCUUAGCAUGCCAAUUAAGAACACUGUUGAAAUUUAUUCUAACCUGUACAGGCCAAUUUUGUCAGAAUAUGGCUUAUGGGACCAGAUUCGGGUGGACCAAGGAAAAGAAUGGUACUUGAUGCUCUUUAUACAAGAACAAUUGGCUCAUUUGCGCCAUAAUACUCAGCGUCCUCCACAUCUUCAAACUAGUUCAAAACUAAAUCACUCUGUUGAGCGUAUGUGGGUGGAAAUAAAUGGUCGUGUUAAUUAUCCAAUAAAGAGCUGCCUAAUAUCACUGCAGGAAAGCGGAGAGAUUAAUAUGGAAGAUGAGCAUGUUAAAUUCUGUGUGUCUUGGUUCAGCAUACGUGUAGCAAAUGUUGGUACAGCUAUGGCAGUGUCAUCAUGGAACCAUCAUAGAAUACCUGGGAAGAAAGGUGGUAUUCCAAUUCAAUUGAUGAGGGAAAACAAUAUGGCUAUGAGUGUCCCAUACACACUUAUUCCUGAAGCAACUGAUGCUGUUCAACUUAUGGAAUCUAAGGGCUCUCAUCUCACAUGGUUCAGCUCUUUUGGUAGUGAUCCUCUUGCUAAUAGAGUGGACCUUGCUCAGCAAAGGCAGGAUGUAUUUUUUAGAAGAUACCCUGACUUCAGCAACUUUUUCCAUACAGUUGUUAAUGGUGAAUAUGGAUCAUUCCGUGAUGGCCUAUUAUAUUUCAUUGAAACGAGCAGAGAUUUAGUUUCUUCAUUGUAACUCUUAUUAGUAGAUUAUUUGAUCAUUAGUAAUAAACAUAACUGCA